AUGGACAUGAUGGAGUUGGAGACACAGCCAGACGAGACACCCCAUGGAGAAUCCAAAGAACCACAGCCAGACGAGACACCCCAUGGAGAAUCCAAAGAACAAGACGCUACGAUGCUAUUUGGUGAUGAUCAAGGGCUAGUGAACACCAAAUUGGAGAUGCAAGUUUCAACGGCAAAGGCACAUCGACUGUUCCCAGAGUUUGAGAAGACCCAGCUCAUGCCAGUCAAAGAGGAACUUGGCGAUGAAUAUGUUGAAUUUGGUGAUCCAAGCGGCGACCCAGAGGCUGACCUAGAAAACUUUUGGUGUUGGGUUUCGAGUCGUGAUGAUGGCAAGGACAACAAUGGUGCUGGUGAAGAUGAGAAUGAGACGGAAACGAAAGCGAAUGCUGGCACCAUCUUUACCCCAUCACACACCUAUCCUGCACCGCCUUCGGACAAACAUCCAGAUAUCAAUCGCAUUUUGGAAAGUGAUUCAAGUUCGUAUCAAACGUUUCGGGCAGUGCGAGACUAUCUCAAUCAAGCCGUAGUUGACUUCUUCACUUUGGAGAACGUCGACAUGGAUUCUUCAACCGAUGAUAGCACCAGCAAUUUCAACGUGAUAGUUCAAACUUUGGAACAGGUCGGAUCCGGCUACUUUGUCAAAGUGUUCAAACUUUGCAGUUGCGAUUUCGGCGUUCCACAACGCCGUGUUCGCUUGUUCUUUGUCGGUCUGAACAAGGAAACCCAGGAUGAGAAAUCUUUCCACCGGAUUGAGGAGUGGUUGAAGUUAUUUCAGCUCAAGACCCAAACGCCAGACAUGACCUUAGCACUUGCCAUGUUACACACCUGA